AUGUUCCUGCAACGUACUGCCGCCGCUGCGGCUCGCCGUGCCAGCGUCGCCGCCCCCCGCGUCGCCGUCCGCUCCUUUGGUUCGACUGUUGCCCGCCGCAACGCCCCCUCGACCCCUAAGACCCCCAACGAGCAGGCCGCUGCCAUUGCCGGAACCGCCGAGAAGAAGAUUGGCGCCUACAAGACCAUCUCGGAGGUCAAGACGGAGGCCGACCUCUUCGGUCCCGGUGGUCAGAGCGCCACCGUCCCUACCGAUCUCGAGCAGUCCACCGGUCUGGAGCGUCUCGAGAUUCUCGGAAAGAUGGAGGGUGUGGACAUCUUCGACCUGCGCCCCCUCGAUGCCAGCCGUCUGGGUACAAUGGAGGACCCCAUCUCUAUCCGCUCCGCUGGUGACGAGCAGUUUGCCGGCUGCACCGGUUUCCCUGCUGACUCCCACAACACCACCUGGCUUCGUGUCAGCCGCGACCGCCCCAUCGAGCGCUGCCCCGAGUGCGGCAGCGUCUACAAGAUGGAGUACGUCGGUCCCCAGGACGACCACCACCACCACCACCACGAGCCUGAGCACCCCGAGCCCAAGACCUUUGCCGACUUUGUCAAGCCCGAGUAUCGCUACCGAUAG